AAGACAACCGUGCAAGUUAUAUGAAUGUGGUGUGAAAUAUAUAGCGGAUAAUUAACUAAAAUUCGCAUAAAAAUAUUGCUAAAAAAUAUAAAAAUUUUGCAUAAAACUCUAAUUUAAUGUCCAUUAAACAAAGAACAUGCUGAGUUUAUAUGGUAAAAAGUGAUUAAGUGUAUAAAAAUUGCAAAUGAAAAAAUCUUCGUGUGCAAUAGUCACAUAUGCAUAAUUAAGAGAAAAAAGGAAAAAAAGAAAAACGUCUACCCAAUAAAACAACUGUGAAUUUGUGCGAUACUAGCGAAAAAAUUUUAGUCACUUUUUAUUCAUACGGCAGUAAACACAAACAAAAAGUACACGCGUUUUCGCAUAUUAAAUUGAGGUUAAGUUAAUAGAAAGAUAAUCUAAGAAAAUUGUGUUCUAAAAAUGUAAUAAAAUUAUGUAUAAAGUGUUAAUAAUUCUUGUUGAUAAAAUAUAUUAUUAAAACAUAAACACAUUAAUCAAUGUAUGGAGAAAAUGAAGUGUAUCGCAAAGAAUCUACAACAAAAGCCGAAACCCGUGUCAUAAAAAAAGUUUUUUUUCCUUUCAAGUGCUGCGCUAUUGUUCUUAGCACAUACGGUUGCUCAAAUUUUGUGAAAAGAAAAUAAGUCGAAAAUAAUAAAAGAAAAAUACGAGAAAAGAAAGUAACCAACUAUAACAACAAUAACAAAAAUAAUACUGUGUGCAAAACGUAUAGCAAAGAAAGAAAUUAAAAAGAAUAAAAAAAUAAAAUUUGUGCAAAAACAAAAGAAAAAAAUUACGAAAUUAUAGAAAAUGAAUAAAGAUGAUCAAAAUCAAAAUUUGAAUAAAGCAACGUCACGGACAAAUUCAAAAAAUUACAAUACACCAGCAGCAACAGCAACAACAUCAACAGUGGCAGCAGUAGAGUCUUCAAAACAACCUCAGAAAACAAACUCAAAAAAUAAGAAAAAUCAUACCAAUAGCAACAAUAAUAAUAACAAUAGUUUAAAAUUGGCAGCAGCUACUACAGUAGCUGCCACAAUUUCCACCAUUGCAACUAAUAAUAAUCAACAACCUCAAAAUCCUGCUGCUGUUACUGGUAGCAGCAAUAAAAAGUCCUCGAAACAGGGCAAUGCCACAGCAGGACGUCAGAAUAAUUCCUCCGCCUCUGCCACCGCCUUCUCUGCUACAUCAUUAUCUUCAUCAUCUGCCUCCACCUCCAACACCUCAGAUACAACAACAAUAACAACAUCGUUAUCAGCUAUCGAAGAUUUGGAUAACGGUGCAAGCUGUAUUGCAAGUGCUGCUCCUGCCACCAACUUGGCUAAUUCGGCUAGGUUGAAAAAUACUAAUACGAGCAACAACAACAACAAUACCAACACCAACCAAAAUAACGCAAAAAUUAAAUUAAAAGUUAACAACAAUAACAGUAACAUCAACAAUUCCUCCAACAAUACUACUACCAACACCCCCCUAAAUCAGGCCUCCACUUCUGCUUCAACCUCCGCAGUUUACACUGCCAAUGGCAAUAAAAUGCCAAAAAAUUCAGCAGCAGAAACAGCAACAACCACCGCUUCAACAACAUUAGCCACAACAGUAUCAAUAGCAUCUAACAUGCCAUCGUCAGUUGGUGGUAGUGGUGUAGAUAUUGAUAUGGCAGCCUUAAACACAGUUCCCCCACCAUCGACGGCUGUUACGUCAACGGCCACUGGUACUGUGCCCACAAUUACCUCAAGUAAAUCGGCAACAAAUGCAAGUGCUGGUGUUGGUGGUAUAUCUUCUGCGAAAUCGAAGAAAUCAUCCUCAACAGCUGCCGCCGCUGCUGCUGCAGCGCUUGCUCUUCAACAGCAGGCUGCAGCCGUAUCUUCGGGAAAAUCAGCGUUAUCAUCUGCUUCUGCUAAAUCUGGGUCAUCUUCUAAAGAUGCCCAUUUAAAGUUCACCUCCGCAUUACCGCUGUUGGUGGGUUCGGCGGCUGCUGCUGCUGCAGCGGCCAAAGGUGCCGGUGCCUCUUCCAGUGCUGGUGCACAAGCAGCCGCCGCUGCAGCUGCCGCCCUCAAACAAAAGCUAAAAAGUGCUGCUGCCGCAUCAUCGGUAGUAGCUGCAGCCGCUGCCAGUAAUUCCCGCUCAAACUCAACGUCGACAUCCUCAAAUUCAUCCUCACUUUCGUCAUCCGUUGGAAUUGUAAAUGCAAUUUCAAAUGCCCUGCAAAACAUCAUUACCAGCGAUAAUUCCGAUACGGAUACGGAACUUUAUCCGCCGCCGGUAACGGAUCUAUCAGAAUCCGAUGAGGAAUCUGUUUCAGAGAUCCUUUUGGCAUGCUUGUGUCUAAGGCCAGAUUUAUUGGAUGAUAUACCAGAAUCUGAUCCGGACUCUUGUGGUCAUGAUGCCGAAGGCCAUGAAGAAGAAGAUGAUGGUGACGAUGAGGACGAAGAUGAAGACGAAGAAGACGAGGAGGACGAUGAUGAUGAAAAUGAAGAUGACGAUGAUGACGACGACGACGAUGAAGAGGACGAAGAGGAAGAAAUCGACGAUGACGAUGAUGAUGAAGAAAUUCAAGAUCCCAAUGAGGUCAGUGGUGAUUUCUUGCUCGACACCAAUAACGAUCGUAGUAAUCGAAAUCUUAAUGCCCUCUUUGAAGCUGCCGCCAACGAAAAAGCACCUGUUUUACGUCAUGCCACCCAUGCCAUCGAUGAGACUAAACAGGCCCUAACAAAAAUGCGUGGUGCUAGCAGUGAUAAGACCAUGUUCUCACGUACUCUAAUUGCUGCCUGCAACGAUAAUGAUGUUAAUACAGUGCGUAGUCUGUUGGGUAAGGGAAAUGUUAACAUUAACGAAUCUACAGAUGACGGUGAAUCCUUGCUUUCUAUGGCAUGCUCAGCCGGUUACUAUGAAUUGGCACAGGUUCUCUUAGCCAUGUCUGCAGCUCAAGUAGAAGACAAGGGCCAGAAAGAUUGUACUCCUUUAAUGGAGGCAGCUUCUGCUGGUCAUUUGGAGAUAGUUAAACUUUUACUAAGUCAUAAUGCAGAUGUAAAUGCUCAUUGUGCCACCGGUAAUACCCCGCUAAUGUUUGCCUGUGCUGGUGGUCAUGUUGAGGUGGUUAAAGAAUUGCUGAAGCAUGGUGCCAAUGUUGAGGAGCAAAACGAAAAUGGUCAUACACCGUUAAUGGAAGCAGCCUCAGCUGGUCACGUUGAAGUUGCCAAGGUUUUGUUGGAACAUGGUGCCGGCAUUAACACCCACUCGAAUGAAUUCAAGGAAAGUGCUUUAACGCUGGCCUGUUACAAGGGCCAUUUGAAUAUGGUACGUUUCCUUUUGCAAGCUGGCGCUGAUCAAGAACAUAAAACCGACGAAAUGCAUACUGCCCUAAUGGAGGCUUCAAUGGAUGGUCAUGUAGAAGUGGCCAGACUACUAUUGGAUUCAGGAGCUCAAGUUAACAUGCCUACUGAUUCAUUUGAAUCUCCUCUAACUUUGGCGGCCUGUGGUGGACACGUUGAAUUGGCAACUUUGCUAAUUGAACGUGGUGCCAAUAUCGAAGAGGUUAACGAUGAAGGCUAUACCCCGCUAAUGGAAGCUGCCCGAGAGGGUCAUGAAGAAAUGGUGGCUCUGUUGCUGAGUAAGGGGGCAAACAUUAAUGCCACCACCGAAGAAACACAAGAAACGGCACUGACGUUGGCUUGUUGUGGUGGUUUUAGUGAAGUUGCGGAAUAUUUGAUUAAACAUGGAGCCAAUUUGGAAUUAGGAGCUUCUACGCCUCUGAUGGAAGCGGCUCAAGAAGGACACACCGAUUUGGUACGUUUUCUUUUGGAAAACAAAGCCAACGUGCAUGCCGAAACGCAAACGGGCGAUACAGCUUUAACCCAUGCCUGCGAAAAUGGUCAUACCGAUGCCGCUGAAGUUCUAUUAAGCUAUGGUGCCGAAUUGGAACAUGAGUCGGAAGGUGGUCGUACCCCGCUAAUGAAAGCCUGUCGUGCUGGUCACUUGUGUACCGUCAAGUUUCUCAUAUCCAAAGGAGCUGAUGUUAAUAAGCAGACCAGCAGCAAUGACCACACCCCACUCUCUUUGGCCUGUGCAGGUGGUCAUCAGGCUGUUGUUGAAUAUCUAUUGAAAAUUGGGGCAGAUCCAUUCCACAAACUAAAAGAUAACAGCACCAUGCUUAUCGAAGCAGCUAAAGGUGGUCAUACCCGUGUCGUUGAACUGCUGUUCAAAUAUCCUCACUUUAUACAAAAUCAUCAAAACGAACUGCAAUCGGCGGCUGCAGCAGCGGCCGCAGCUGCUGCUGUGGGUAUUAAUAAUACCACAGCCUCGAGUGCUGCUGCCAAUCAAUUACAUUUAAUCAACUUGCAACAGCAAAAGCAAUUGCAACAACAGCAGAAACAAUUGCAGCAACAGCUCCAGUUACAGUUGCAACAGUUAAGUGCUCCUCCCGGUUUGCAUGAAGUUUCCGAAGCUGCAAGAGCAAAUAACCAACAAAUUUUCCAUCAUCAGCAAUACACCACCAAUAAUAACGCUUUGGCAGGUGCCACCAACGAGUAUUUGGAAGAACAAUUGCAACUGCAAGCUCCAAAUGCUAAUGCCACAGAAGCUGGCUCCAAUCAAGUGGUGGCCUGUAAUGAGGAAUAUGCUGCCAUUGAUAUAAAUUCGUUGAGUGCUCAGCAACAAGAGGCAUUAAUUGCAAAAUCAAGACUUUUCCAUUUACAAGCUGGUUUUGGUAAUGUUGGUGGUGGCGGCACAGCAGGUGUUAUUGGCAACAACAAUGAACAAGUCGCCGCUAACCUUAACAAUCAGCAACAACAACAGCAGCAGCAACAACAGCAACUACAGCAACGUAAACAUUUUGAUUUAGAUAUGUCACAUAUAAUGCCUCUUACGCCACCACAAAAACAACCUCCAGCUCCACCUGUUUUGCAAGCGCAGCAGCCACCAUCACAAACAACAUCACAGCCGCUACAACAGCAAGCUUCUCAACAACAGCCGCAGCAGCAAAUUAAGCUUAAGGGCAAUCAGCGUAAAAGUCGUCAACAACCACCACAACCAUUUGAAGUUAGUAUACCAAACACUGCCAAUGCCAGCAACAACAACAACAACAGUAACAAUACGAACAAUGAACAACAGCAACAACAACAACAAAUGCAAGAUAUUGAACGUUCUCAGCCUUUGGGUGAUGAUGGAUUGGGCAAUAAGCCACAACAACAGUCCACAACACAGCAGCAGCAACAACAACAGCUACAAUUUUCCUGCUUUAAUGAUGAUUCACGUUUCAUAAGACGUCGUGUUUUAAGGCAGGAUUUCAAUAAGCUGUCAAAUGAUCAGAAAAAUAUUCCUGCUACUUUGUUGCCUGCCUCUUAUUUGGAUAUGACUGGUGGUAAUGUUAAUAACCAGAACCAAAAUGUUGGUGAUGGAGCAGAUGCUAUAACCUUGAAUCAAAAUCUAUUGGCAGUUGCUCCCGCCAUGGGUGAUGGUUCGGAAAUGCAGCCAGUAAUUAUAGCCAGCCCAGAACCUCUAAAUUUUGCACCCAACCAGGCGUUGAUGAUGCAAGAACUUUUCGAUCCUAAUAAUCCACAGACUCCACUAACCUUGGCAACAACUCUACCACAAGGAACACAAUUUGUUUUGGGACCGGCACCACCACCUCAGCAACAACAACAACUGCAGCAGACUCAGUCGCAGCAGCCACAAACUCAGCAACAACAGCAACGCAUUGUGACUGGUAAAACGACACAAAAGUCAGGAGGUAUAACAACACCUUCGGAAGUGUCCCAAAGUACUGCAAUCAGCGAUAGGCCCAAAGCUAAGCCAGUUUCCAAGAAGGAUGGAAAGAUUUUGCGUAAAACCACAACACAAUCAACAGCAGCCACUACACUGCAACAACCAUUGUUUAGGCAAAACCAAAUGGUAUCCAUUUACAAUAACUUGCCCAUGUUAAUAACAAAUGAAGCUACUCCGAGUCUCCAAACCCAACAAGCCAUUAUGAAUCAUAUGGUGUUUGCCGCCCAACAGCAUCAACAACAACAAAUUGCUUUAGAUGUUGUUAACGAUGCUCAAGUAGUGACACAGCAACAGCAGCCGCAACAACAGGGUGUUAUUGCUUUAAGUAAUUCACCAGCAUCACCAUUGGCUUCUCCUUCUUCCGGAGCCACCGCUUUAUGUGAUCCGCAACUGCAGCAGUUUAUGGAAAUACAAGCAGCAGAGGAUAUGCACCAGCAGCAGCAGCAACCAGAAAACGAGCAAACUGCACAAGAGAUUCAAGAGGCUUUAGAUGCAGCACUCUCCGAUUCCAAAUUAGCUGUUACUGAUUCCCUAAAUGCUCUUAGCAAGGCUAAUGCAGCGGCAGCCGCUGCAGCUGUGGCCAAAGCUUGUGGCCUUAAUCCAGCCGAACAGCAAGAAUGCCUUAAAAAACUGCAAGAGGGUUGGCAGAUUGUAGACUUACGCCAGCGUAUAUUCCAUAAACAACCAAAAUCGCCUACAGAAACACCACCCGACAAGCAGAUCAUAGAUAUAACUAAUUUGGAAAAUGAAUUGGACUCUAGUGAGACCGAUGCUAAUAAUGAAAUGAAAAAUUUAGCUACACUUUGCACAGCUGCUGCACAAGCAGCUGCAGUCAAUGUCACAGCAGGAGAGACGGAUACCAAAGACUCCGGCAAAACGACAGUUGACAACAGCAAGGGCAGCAGCAAGAAACAGCGCAAGCUAUCCAAAAAAGAGAAACUAUCACAACAAGAUGGUUUGGAGUUAUGUCGUUUACCAGAACCCCUAAAGGAUAAUUACAAAGAAGAACGAAGAAACUCGGUGGACGAUCGGCAGUCUUUAGCUUCGGAAGUAUGUCAUGCUGAGGAUGAUGUCAACUCCUCGGACCUAGAACAGCAGGAAGAGGAUUCAUGCAAAUCUAUACAAGAAUUGGAUGAUACACAAUUACAAUUACAAUUGAAAUCACCCACUAAAGGCAUUAAGCCAAUUUCACAGCGUUUAGAGAAUCUAAUACUUUCGAAUGCUCCUCUUAAGCCUGGAGAUUUGUCUCAGGCAUUUACGGAUUUGCGACAAGAAAUUGGAGCCGACGUACUCACAGUAUUCCCGCAAAAUAUGAAUUUAAAAUUUGCCGGCAAUACAGCACUGAGUAAUGCCCUGCAACAACAUUUGGCUGCAGUUAAACAGCAAAUCGGCGAUGUAACUGAAGAUUCUGGUGAUGGCAUGUUACAAGUUGGUGGUGGUGGUGACAAUGACUCAUCUAUAGCUGCUCAAAGUAAUGAACAACAACUAGUCUAUCCAUCAUCUAUGGAUGCUGAAACCUUGGAACAAUUUGCUAAUGCUGCUGCACAGGCUAACAACAAUAAUAACGAUAAUACUUCGGUAGUCGCUGUGACUACUGGAGGCGUUCAAGAUCAAGUAGUGGGCGUCUCAGGUGAACAGACCGAGGAGGGUAUGCGAGAAGAAAUGUAUGAUAUUGAGGUGGAAAUGGAUGACUUUUUCCAUGUCAUACACAAUGUUCAUGAUCCUGCUUUACAAGAAUUUGCUAGCAACUUAAAUUGUGGUGAAUUAGCAGACUUUGGUAUUAAUUCGAUCUGCAAGACACGCUGGAAUGGCAAUUGGGCUUUGACUCCGAAAUGGACUAGCCAAGAUCAAUUGAUAAGCGCCGCUGCUGCGGCCCACCAUCAACAGCAACAACAACAACAGGGUCUUUUGGCAACCAACGAAGAGCAACAGCAGCAACAGGAGCAACAAAGACAGGCGAAUCAAUUAUUAUUGGACUAUCAAUUGCAACAGCAAUUACAGCAAAGAUUUGCUGAUGCCGAUGAAAUGCAAAUGCAGCAACAUCAACAUCAGCAAACUACGUUGUCGUUGAUACCCUUUUCACCUGAAGAUGCUGCUGCCGCGUCCGCUGCUGCUGCUGCAGUACAACAACAGCAACAAUUGCAAACACUGCCUACAGCUACGUCGGCUGCCAACACAGUGGCUGAAUACCAAUUACAGCAGCAACAACAACAGCACCAGCAACACACCCAGCAUCAUGGUUUAGAUCAAGAACUAAAACAGCAUAUACAACAACUACACCAGCAACAACAAACCAAUGUGCGCUUGUUAAAAGCCGUUGCGGCUGCUGCUGCUAAUCAACAGCAACAACAGCAACUUACUACUAAUCAGCAACAGCAAAAUGUAACAAACAAUAAUAACAAUAACUUUGUCUUCAAUGUUGAUGGUUGCGGUGGUGUAGGCUCGACUGUAGCCGACAAGUCUUCACAAUCUUUACAGUUAUUAUUCCAAUUACCACCUACGGUUCAACAGCAGCAGCAGCAACAACAACAAGACGAUGUUGCUGCCACAGCUCAACAACUACAACACUUGAAAUUACACCACCAAGAACUGCAAGAUCAGCAAAAACAACAGCAGCAACAAUUAAAGUUAUUGCAGCAACAAGAGCAAGAUUUGUCACAAACCACUGCUGAAAGUUUAAUGCAACAACAGCAGCAACAGCAACAAACCACAUUAGAACAAGUGGCACAAAAUAAUCUCUUAUUGCAGCAGCAGGCCGCUUUAGCCCAACAGGUACUCAAUCAGCAGGUCUUAAAGCAAAAGCAACAACAAUUGUUAAUGCAGCAGCAGCAACAAUCAACACAGGUUCAAGUUUCUACACAGACUCAAUCAUCUGUUGUGGUGCCUCAUCCAAAUGCCGUACAAGUUCAAACAUCACGUGCUGUUACCAAUCAAUUUUGUCCUACGCUGUCAACUAUGGCUGCCGCUGUUGAUGUCGGUUUGGGCAGUGUUUGUGCUCUAACGCCACAACAACAACAGCUACAACAACAACAGCAACAACAACAACAACAACAACAACAGCAGCAGCAACAACAUCAAACUUCGCUUGAACAACAAAUGUUAGCAGCUGGUUAUGCAGCCAGCGUACUUGCCGUAACACAACAUCAACAACUGCCCGUACCAGCACCGUUGACAGCAGCUUUAAAUCAAGUUGUGGCCAAUGCAUCGUCGGUAAUGCCACCCCAGGCCUCCACUAGUUCUGGUAGUAGCAAAAUGCCGGGUGGUAUUGCUAAGAAGGUAAUCGACAAACAGUCACGCAAGGAACGUAAUCGUUAUUCAUUGCUACGUUCUGCAGCCGGUAGUCAAGCCAAUGCUGCCGCACAACAGCAAUAUCAACAAACAGUUGCCGCAACUACUGCCUUAGACAAAACCAUCGAUGUAGAUUCCGAAACUGAUUCCAAUCAUGACACAGCUCUUACUCUCGCCUGUGCCGGAGGCCAUGAAGAAUUAGUUGAGUUACUCAUAAAUCGUGGUGCAAAUAUAGAACAUCGCGAUAAGAAGGGCUUUACACCAUUGAUUUUGGCAGCGACUGCUGGUCAUGAGAAAGUUGUAGAUAUUCUACUUAAACAUGGCGCCGAUUUGGAGGCACAAUCUGAACGUACUAAAGAUACACCACUAUCGUUGGCCUGUUCAGGUGGACGUUAUGAAGUUGUUGAACUAUUGUUGGGCAUAGGAGCGAAUAAGGAACACCGCAAUGUGUCCGAUUAUACACCAUUGAGUUUGGCAGCUAGCGGUGGCUAUGUGAACAUCAUAAAGUUGUUGCUUAGUAAUGGCGCUGAGAUUAAUUCACGAACUGGCAGUAAAUUGGGCAUAUCACCGCUAAUGUUGGCCGCUAUGAACGGUCAUACGGCAGCGGUGAAAUUGCUGUUAGAUCAGGGUUCGGAUAUUAAUGCUCAGAUUGAGACCAACCGUAAUACUGCUUUAACCUUGGCCUGCUUCCAGGGCAGACAUGAGGUGGUUAGUUUGUUGUUAGAUCGUAAAGCCAAUGUCGAACAUCGCGCUAAGACUGGUCUAACGCCCCUCAUGGAAGCCGCCUCGGGUGGGUAUAUAGAAGUCGGACGUGUUUUGUUAGACAAGGGAGCUGAUGUUAAUGCAGCGCCAGUACCCACCUCAAGAGACACGGCCUUAACUAUAGCCGCCGAUAAGGGCCACUUGAAAUUCGUUGAAUUACUGUUGGCUCGUGGAGCGGCGGUGGAGGUAAAGAAUAAAAAGGGCAACUCACCCCUAUGGUUGGCUGCCCAUGGUGGCCACUUGAGCGUCGUUGAUAUAUUAUAUAACCACAAUGCCGAUAUAGAUUCACAAGACAAUAGACGUGUUUCCUGUUUAAUGGCCGCUUUCCGUAAAGGUCACACCAAGACCGUCCGUUGGAUGGUACAAUAUGUCACUCAGUUUCCUUCCGAUCAGGAAAUGAAUCGCUUCAUUAGUACUAUAAGCGAUAAGGAGCUGUCGGAGAAAUGCUACGAUUGCAUGAAAAUCAUACGAGCGGCAAAAGAGGCACAAGCCGUUAAGGCCAAUAAGAAUGCUUCGAUACUGUUGGAAGAAUUGGAUAUGGAGAGAACUCGUGAAGAGAGCAGGAGAGCUGCUGCUGCUCGUCGUCGUGAGCGCAAAAAGAAGAAGAAAAUGGAAAAGAAAGAGGAAAAGCGCCGCCAAAUGGAAGAAGCCACUGGUGGCUCAAGCAAUCAGCAAGAACAAGACGAUAAAGAUUCCGACAAAGAUGAGGAAUCUGAUCACGAGGAUAACAAUGCCGCCGAUGAAGAUGAUGACCAACAAAAUCCUCAAAAUUAUCGUGAAGAAGGUGACUCUGGUAUAGAUCAAGGUUCAUGCUCCAGCACCGAUAUUAAGGCUUCGGUUGGAAAUUCACAAAACAAUGACAAGUCUGUUGGCGGUGGUGCUAGUGCGGGAGGUAAAAAUAAAAACAAAAAGAAAAAUAAACAGCAGAAUACUCGCAACAGUAGUCCUGUUGUAGAAGAACCUCAAAUAGUCCAACCUGCCCCAGCUGCAAAACAACAACAGCAGCAACAACAACAGCAACAGAACAAUAAAAAGAAAGACGAAAGUACCAACUCAAAGGCUGUCUCUAACAGUAACAAGAAAAAUGCUGCAGAACAAAAUACUUUAGCUGCUAAAACUCAAAGUAAUAACAACAAUGCAAAUGCCAGCAACAAGAAAUCGGAUCAUCAACAUAAGAAAGAAGAAGUUAUUAAUAACAACAACAAUACUUCUUUGAAUACUGGCUCUAACACCAACACAACAGCCGGCAACAAAAAGAAAGAGUCCAAUAAACAAAAGGAAAAAGAAAACUUGGCACCCAAAGAAUUAACAGCCGCAGGAACGGCUCAGUAUCAACCAACACCGCAAGCAACACAAACAAAUAGCCACAGUCAUAUUCAUAAUAAUAAACAGCAACAACAGCACGCUCAUGUUCAACAACAAGCAAACAGUAAUAAUAAAUCGGAAACAUCUUCCGCUGGUAAUCGUAAAUCACUAAUAUUCUCUGCUUCCAAAACGGCUGAGGAGAAUAACAAACGUGACAUGGAAUCUAUUGCCUCCACUACGUUGAGUUCGACUUCGUCAAACAAUAAACCACACCCAGCCACAAGUGUACCCAAAAGAGGAGAAGACGGCUGGAAAGAGGUUGUACGCAAAAGUUCAACACAACAAUCGACCACUGCGUCUGCAACAUCUGGCUCUGCUUCCAGUAAUACUUCUACAUCAACAGCGAUCAACAGCAAGGAGUCUACGUCCAGUACUUCAACAACCCUCUCUUCCUCGUCAAAUUCUUCCUCGUCUACGACCAUAACCGUACCUGGAGUUUCGACAACUACCACCGUUACAUCUACAGCCCCCGAAAUGACCUGCAAAAAGGUACAAGUUCCCGUCAAUGCCAUCUCCCGUGUAAUUGGACGCGCUGGCAGUAACAUCAAUGCCAUAAGAGCCACUACAGGAGCCCACAUUGAAGUAGAGAAACAAGGCAAAAAUCAAUCUGAACGUAGUAUAACCAUUAAGGGACUUACGGAAGCUACCAAACAGGCUCACAUGUUGAUUUUAGCUCUAAUCAAGGAUCCUGAUGUGGAUAUAUUACAAAUGUUACCACGCAUUAAUACUACUAUUAAAGCAUCCGUGGUGCCUCCUGCGUCGACCACUCCGCCAUCUUCAAUCUCGACCAUGCAAGUUGGAACAUGGGAUAACAAAACAGCUAUGCAGUCCUCUAGUGGCGGACAAAGCAGUAAUAUGUCGUCAGGAUCGUCAACAACAUCGUCUGCCUCGUCUACGCCCGGCACUAACCUAAACUCGAAAACAACCGGAAAUUUGAAUUCCAAAUCGAAUACAAAGUUGCAAGGAGGUAUUGGUUCAAAUCAAAAUAAAUCUGCCAUAGGUAGAACACAACCUUCAAAACCUUUCUAUGCUCAGCAAACACUCACAUCUAGCCGUGGUUCAGGCGUAGGUGCAGCCUCUAAUAACAGCAAUCAAAUGAAACAUAAAGAUCUUAAUAGUAAGGGUUUGUCAGGACCCGGUUUUAGUCAGAAAUCUGCUGGAACUCCUGGAGGCAAAACAACUGGAACCACUUUUGGAGGAUCUGGAGUAAAUAAUCAAACAUUUGCGGCUAAACUGCUAACAGGUGGCGCCGCUACUUCAUCUUUAACUGGCAACAAUUCGUCUCCUACUAAGAAGUCGGAACUAGGAGGUUUGCAAAGAUCGGGAAUAACAGCUCCAUAUGGACGUGGUAAACCUGUACCCAGCUCAACUAUACCCUCCUUGGGAAGUGUAGGAGUUUUGAACCAAAACAAUAACACCCUAUCCGGUCCCAUAGGAACAUUUAAUGUAGCCGAGGCUGCAGCUGCUGUGGCAGCAGCAAAUGCUGCAGCUGCUCAAGCAGCAAAUCAUAAUGCCGCCUCUUCGAACACAACUGCACGUUCUGUGACCCCAAUAGGUCCUCCAAAUAAACAACGAGCUCCUACACCCACAGCUCAACAACAAUCGGCAGGACAUAUUAACAACAAUGUCACUAUACAAGCAACACAAUCUAUGCAACAGCAACAAAAUUUGCACAUUAAUACUGGCAACCUAGGUGACAAUGUUAAUCCGACUGGAGGAUCAGCGUCAUUAUCUACACCUGGUAGCUUUGGAGCUCAAUUGGCAGCCAAGAUAAGCAGCGAAUACUCACUUUUCAAUGAUUAUCAUCAGUCCCAAUGGGGCAGUGCAGAUAAUUCACAGAACUACCCUAAUCCCAAUGCUUUGGUUAAUGAUAAUGUACCUCAAGCAGAUGCUUCUAAGGCUCCUGGUUACAACCGCAAUAUAUUAAGUUCUCCCGUGGGAAGUUCUAAAGCUUCCAACUCCAGCACACCACCGGGAAAUGCCGCUACAAGCAAUCUCAAUGUAGCCUCUCAGCAAACACUAACUAUUUUGCCCGAGAGUGGUGUAGCUCCUAUAGGAUCUACAGCAUCGCAGGCAGCAAGGUCACCAGCUGGUAUAUCUGUAGUUGGUAAUGAUUUGACCCCACCAUCAGCUGCUAAUGCCGGUCAGGCUGCACCACAGCAACAAGAUAAUAGUGCUAUAUCGCCUAAUGUCAUUAAACCACCUGGAGCCAUAGGUCAAGCAGCUACUGCAACAUGUCCUCCAACACAGCAACAACAAGCAAAUCCUGGAAAUGUAUCACAACCACCUCCUAGUGGUUUGGCUAUACAAAGACCCCAGACUAGUGGCCAGCAUAGAGCGAAUGCCUCCAAUAAUUCUACACAACAAUCUCCGCCAUCGGCACAGCCCAACGUUGCAGAUAAUUCGGGAAAUACACUAAAUUUUGGCCCAAUAGGUCCCUCAAAUUCAUUGAAUCGUGGCAAUAACCCUGCCGGAGCUAUAGGUGAACAACCACGUUUCUACGAUCCCACUAAUCAAAUGAAUGUUGCUGUGCCCAUGGGCUUCCAAAUUGAUCCCAGUCUUAUGCAACAGCAGGGCUACAAUUCGGCCAACUCUAGACUCAAUCCCAGAGCUUCGGUAUUUGGCGGACAACAGCCGGGCAAUAAAUCACAAACACAAUCAUCACAAGCCUUGGCUUCAGCCUUAUACCACCAACAGCAACAACCACCAACUCAACAGAAUCAACAAGGAAAUGUCUUCAAUGCCACACCAGGAAAACCCGUAAAUGUUGGCCAGAAUUUAGCACCGCAACGUCCCCAAUCUCAACCUCAAACAGGGCAAACACAAAAUCAGCGUUGGUAUGGCACCGACUAUGCUGGCAUGGCUACAGCCGGUGGUUAUGUACCACCUUCAACCCGAGACAUAUUAAAUUUGGAGAAUGGCUCAACUGGUGGUCUGGGCGGUGCUGGUACCAAUUCACCAGCUGCCAUGUCACCCAGUCAGGGUGGCAAUGUCAAUGCCAACAAUCCUGCUGGACUCCUACAAACACCCCCACAAAUGCCAGGUCAACAAUCGGCCGAUGAUAUGCGCAAAAUACCCAGACCCAUUGGUACAGAACGGGCAUCAUGGAAGUACAAUAACUAUCCAGGUAUGGCAAAUAUGGGCAUGGGCGUAGGAGGUUUAGCUGGUGCCGUUGGUUUAGCUACAAUGGAUGAUAAUUUGGCUGCUAUGACAGCAGCUGCAGCUGGUAUCCCAGGUGCUGGUAUACCAACUGGUCCUUUGCCACCAUGGCUUUUGGGCACCACCGCCGAUAAGCAAGCAGCGGCCGCAGCCGUACAACAGCAACAACAACAGCAGCAACAACAUUCAAAUUGGAUGAAGCAGCAGUAUCGUUACUACAAUCAAGGUGCAGCUGGUGCUGGUACCAUAGGCGGUCUAACGGGUCUUGGCGGUCCGGCCGAUUACCAUCAUCAACAAGAUCAAUUUCAUAUGGCUUUGGAUUAUCAUAACACUAUGCCACCACCAAAUUUGAAUCAGAAUCAGCCAAUGAAUCUUAUACCCACUUAUACAACUUAUCCACAUUUCUUGGGUCAUGUUGGUGGUAAUGAUAUGUCUCAUAUGCCGGAAAAGAUCGAAUUGUGGGAUCAUCAUGAUAAACAUACUUGGACCAGCAAUUGGACCAAUUGAUGAUGCAAACGUAAAAUCAGCCAGUGAAUCUAGAAAAAAGUAAUCCAGCAACUGUAAACUAACAACAAUCGUAAAUGAAUAGCGUUGCUUAUUCUUUAAAUAUAAAUCCGGACACUGAAAAAACAAGAAGGAGCUAAUUUAGAAAAAACACACAAUUAUCUAUCACUUUCUCUCUCUCUAAACUAUAAAGUUUUUUGAUUUGGAAACAUAAAAAAAAAAAUUAAAUACUACCAAGAAUAAUAUUUAUAAAAUAUUAUUAUUAAUUAAUAAUUACUCGUACUACUCUUCAAUACAAGUUAAAAAAAUAUAUAUAUUUUUUGGAUUAAGCUUAAACAAAAACAAAAAAAAAAAAAAAAACACUACAAAAAUAUUUGAAAUGAAUUAAAACAAAAGUUAUAAUACAAGAGAUCUUAUUGCAAAAAUUAAAUGAUUUAAUGAAUGAAUGAAAAUGGUUGAAUUAAAACGAGUUGGAAUUUAAUUUAUCAUUAUACUUUGUUUAAAACGUAAAUAUUAAUUUUCUUCUUAUGAGUUUUUUUACUCCAAACAUUUUACGCUUGAAGCCUUGAAUAUUAUUAUUAUUAUUUUUUUGUUUUGGGAUUUUUUUUUUUAUUUUUUGUAUGUAGAAAAAAAUGAAAAACAAAAUGAAACAGUUUUUUGAAAAAUAUUUGCAUAUUAAUAAAAACAAAAAACUCUUUACUGCUCUUCUUAUAUUGUUAUAUUUAACAUGAAAACAAAAUGCAUUAAAUGAAAACUUUCAAAACACUGGAAAAGAUAAAUCUUUGAUUGCAAAAAAAAGAAAACAAAAAAAAAAAAAAAUAAAACUCAUAUUAUAUGGAAAAU